AUACAUAGUAGCUCAUGUGCUCAUCUAACUUGUGAGUGCUUCCACUGCCAGCCAAAGUGAGUUACCAGGCUCUCCGGCGCCUUGUUUGACUGGUUGUGAUCUUGGUGCUGCCGCCAAAACAACAAGCUAAGAUUUUUGUAGAUUACUGAGACGCCAUGGCAGAGAUGUUGAGUUCUGCCAUCGUUGGGGAAACAAUGAGUAAAAUCGUAUCAAAUCUUAUUGGCAAGGAUGAAGAGAAGUAUGACACGAGUGAAAACAUCGAGAGGCUAGAGAUGGCACAGAUUAAGAUUGAGGCGGCACUCCAGAUGUCCAACAGAUGGCAGAUUUCCGACAUGCCACUGGUACGGUGGCGGAUCAAGCUGAAGCGUGCCGCGCAGGACUGCGAUGACAUGCUGCGCAAGUGCAAGCAGCGUGCCCUCGAAGAGGAAGAGACGAGGCAGCGCAUGAGCGAGUCCUCGUUUCCCAAACGGAUUGCUCGUGCUACCAAGUCACUCGUCUCAUCUUUCAUUCCCUUUGGCAACGAUGGCUCGAUAAGUAGCUCUGGUGCAGUCCGAAGAUUCGAGAGAUUUGCGGUAGAUGCAAACGAAUUCCUAAAGUUCGUCGAGUUCGGCGAAACCCCGCGACAGUACAUGUUCUUCAAUCCUCUUGUUGGCCACCUUCUUACAGGGAAGUCUCUAAGGUACCAAGUGUUGCAAGGAAGCAAGUACCGCUACUUUGGCAUAAGACCCAUGAACUUUGCAGAGCGUGGAGUAGAGGCAAUGCUAGGCUUUGUUGACAUAGAUUUCAAGGUUCCUACGAAGGGUUUCAGUCUAAGCUUGAUGCUACGCCUCUCUGAAAGUACUGACAUAUUUGGUGUCAUAAUCAAGUGCAUGCAGUCAGUUGCACCUCAUUUCAAGUCUGCAGCUGAAGGUGUCAAGAAAGAGCUCAUUCAGCUGCCCACCCAAGAUUUUUCUUGUGUGCCAUAUUCUCCUUACGGCGAGGGUACUCAGUACUGGGACAAUGUCCACAACACUUCGACUCAAUGGUUUCGUCCAAACCCACUCUGCUGCAAUGAGCAUGAGCAUGAUUUGAGCACUUCUUCUAGCACCUGUAAUACAAUUGAAUCAUCACCACCACCAUCAAAGCUGUUGUCUGAUAUAUUUCCUGAAGAGGUUAUCGUAGUGCAUUUGCAGUGCCAUGUCUCGCUGCCUAAUCAGUACAAAAACAGGCAGAGUUCAGCUACAGCUUUUGAACUUGGAGGAAGAAGCUCUUUUAAUCCAGAUAUGCAUCCUCUAAAGCUGGGAAUUCUUUUCAUACCCCAUGACACACCGGAGGAUAUCGAGCCUUCAGCUGACGGUUAUGCUCUAGAGGUGAUUGAUGAAAAGGACCAAGAAACAAUACACAUGAAUGCAUGCCUUCAAGACCUCGACGAGAAGUUUCUACCAAAGGCGAUAGACUAUCUCUAUAAGAAUGCUGAAUCCAAUAUGUAUCAAAUCUGCUUGAAGUCCAGACAUGGCACUGCACACCUUUGUGUGGAGAAUACGACCACAGAAAUGCAAAGUAGCCGUAGGAUUAAAGCCAGUACACAUGCUCGCAAUAGAAGAGUAAUUCAGAAACAAGAGAAUUGCAGGAUGCAGGAAUGGAAGAAGGUGCCAAGGGACCUGCUAAAGCUAUGGGUUGUGCGUGCAUCUGACAAGCUACAAGGUUCAAUCAGAUCUUGGACUGCCGUACGUAAAUUGGCUUAAAUGCUACCUUUGCAUCGGAAAAAAUAAGAAAAUAUAUACUACCACCAUGAGUGCAGAAAUGUCAUUAGGUAUCUAGGACAGCGAGAUACAGUGAUGGCGUUCAGCCACGAAACUGCAAUCUUUAUUGUUGUUCCUUGAUCAAGCAUAUUGUGUAGAGGGUGAAAUAAUUCUAAGAUCGUGUAUUGUUUCAUAUACUCAGAUAUGUAGAUUUUAUCCAUAGCCAUGUUAUCCAUAGUAGAUCAA